GGCGCUCCGGGCCGGGCGGUGCGGUGGGCAGAGCGGCAGGACGCCCGGGUUCCCGCAGCUCGGGGCGCGGGCACGGAGGGCGCAGGGCUUGGAGCCCGCGGCACCCCGGCUGCACCCCGCGCCCGGCAGCCGAGGGGUUAACGCGGGCGUCACGUGGCCCCCCGGGCCCGCCCCCUCGGGCCCGAUCCGGCCGCGCGCGGACAGGCCGGGGCCUGUGAGGUCUGUGUGACAGCUCUGUGGUGCCCACAGCCCCUGCCACGCUGCAGCCAUGGCGCUGCUGAGGGCCCUGGUGCGUGCGUCAGAGAAGGCGGCGUGCAUCGCCCAGCUGUGCCGCCAGGAGGAUGCGCUCUUCCAGCUGCUGGUGGAGGAGAAGAGGGGUGCUGACAAGAACAAGAGGUUCGUGCAGGACUUCAAGACCCUGGCAGACGUCCUUAUCCAGGAGGUCAUCAAACAUGAUGUGGGAGCUGAGUUCCCGGCACUGCAGGGACAUAUCUUCGGGGAGGAGUCCAACAAGUUUGAGAAUGGCUUGGGGGAGACCCUGGUGGUUCAGGUCUGUGGCACCGAGUGUGACACGGCUGCCCUCCUGGCCUGUGUCCUGGACCACAACCAGGCGGCCGCGGAGCUGCUGGCAGCUGCCGUGCACCAGGAGGUGCCACUGGAGGACCCAGCGCUGGCAGCCGUGGCUGUGGCUGUCUCACCGGAGAGCAUGGCUAUCUGGAUAGACCCCAUUGACUCUACCAACCAAUACAUCCGUGGCCGGGGCGACGUGGCACCUGUGGGGGGCAUCUACCCGUCGGGGCUGCGCUCUGCCCUGGUGCUCAUCGGUGCCUAUGACCGGCAUUCAGGGGAGCCCCUUCUGGGCGUCAUCAAUGAGCCUUUCUACCGCCAGGACCCCCUCACCCACCGGUGGCAGGGCAAGUACCACUGGGGGGUGUCAUACCAGGGCACCCGCCUGUGCUCCCUGCCCUGCCCACCACUGCGGCCUGACCCUGCUGCAGUGCUGAGUGGCAGCGAGAAGCCAGAGGUGCAGCAGGCACUGGCUCCACUCUAUGGCGGGCGGCUGCGCUUUGCCUCAGGCGCUGGUUACAAGAUGCUGUGCGUCAUCCUGGGCCUGGCCGAGGCCUACGUGCUCUCCGAGGGCAGCACUUACAAGUGGGACUCGUGCGGCCCCCAUGCCGUGUUGCGGGCACUGGGCGGGGGCAUGGUGGACCUGGGGGCUGCACUGGCAGGCUGGCGGGCUGGCCGGCAUGAGCCCCCGCCGCAGCUGACCUACCACCGGGCUGCGGGUGGCGCUGCAGGGGCUGAGCGCUGGGCUAACCACGGCGGCCUCGUGGCCUUUGCACACCCUGAGCACCUGCUGGCCGUGCUGGAUGCGCUGGCAGCUGCUCCCGGGCUCUGAGCCCUGGCAUGGGGGCUGGUGCCAUGGGUCCAGGGGGCAUGGUGGGGCUCAGCUGCAGUGUUGCGGCCCCGUGGGGAGCUCCUAGGUAGCCCCCGGACCAGCCCUGUGGAUCGGUUGCUCCAUUAAAUGCUGGUUGCCUGAA